AUGGCUGAUUUAUUUGGUUUUCUACGUUUUAUUAUCAAUUUAAUACUAUAUCCAUUUGCGCUAGCAUUCCUCUUCUUUUACCGCUGUCUACAAUGGUUAGGUUUACAACCAACCGCGCACAACUAUCAUGAUAAUAUCGUGUUGAUAACAGGUUCAGGCAAUGGUCUCGGACGAGAAAUCGCCUUAGCAUUCGCCAAAGCUGGAGCAUCAUUAGCACUUUGGGAUAUUGAUGAUGUCGGUAAUAGAGAAACUCAACAGCAAUGUUUAGCCAUAUUACAUAGUCAAAAUUCAUCAAGUCGCGUGCGAGUUUAUCAUGUUGACGUAACACGUGCAGCUGAUGUUUAUGCUUGUGCUGAACGUGUUCGUUACGAUCUCGGACAAGUCACCAUUCUUGUCCCGAAUGCAGGUUAUGUUAGCGGUCGAUCCCUGCUAACAGAAUCAGAUUCUGACAUCGAACGUACUUUUGGCGUCAACUCGCUCUCACCUAUUUGGUUAAUUAAAGCAUUUUUACCGUACAUGUUAGAUGCCAAUCGUGGACAUAUCGUACUUGUUUCCAGUGUACUUGGUGUUCACGCUUCUCAUGGUCCGAUAACCUACGUUUCAUCGAAACACGCUAGUGUAGGUCUUAGUCGAUCGCUACGCAUGGAUAUUCAUGCGACGCAUCCCUACUCUCGGGUAUCUGUUCAUUGCAUAUGCCCGUAUAUAAUGCGUACAAAAAUGUUCAACCCGCUUACAAAUCAUGUUUUAUUACAGUCAGUUGUUCCCAUUAUUUCCCCUCGCUAUGUAGCUAAGCAAGUACUCGAUGCAAUUGAAUGGCGACGUGAUGAAGUUAUUCUGCCAUAUCAUUUGAAAUACAUUGCUUUCGUCGCUGAUUAUAUUCUUCCACGCUGUUUGACGGAAUGGUUCUUAUUCAAAGUAUCAGGCCGACGACCGUUAGAUGCAUUUCACAAAGAUAAUGAAGAACUUACACGAGAAAAACGAAAGAAACAUGCACAAACAGUGCAAAAAGAAAAUAUUGACUUGAUAUGA